CGAUGGUUGGGCUGCAAUAAGUUAGUGGGUGCCAGGUUUCAUGAGCGGACACUGAUGGAGCAUCAGUAGUAAUUAUAUGAUGAAUUUGACUUUUUAAACUUAUCAUGGAACACUUGAUGUGAUUCAAGUCCAAAACUUCACAAACUAAUUUGAGUAAAAGUGACUUUAUUGUUAACUCUCUCAUAUUCCUAUUUCCCUGGCAGUUAAACAGAAUUGUUUGAGAUGAAGAGUAAGCCUACUUUCCAAUCUCGGAUAGUACUAACAUCCUGCGGAGGAAUUCGGUACCCACUUGAAAAUAAGUUGGUCGUGAGUUCUUUAACCUGUCUAUACAAUUUAAAAAUUAUAUAAGUUGAAAACCGUUUAAUCUUGGCUGUCUUGGUAAGUGCAGUGAUGUUUUUUGUGGAAGGCAUAUGUUCAUCAAGUAUAACAGAUACCUAGUUAUCGUCAGUCAUUCUCUUAUUUGUGUAUCUCAGUGAUAAUUUCUGUCCGUUAUUGUACAGAUUUUUUGAACAUACAAUCCAAUCCCCAGAAAUAUCCUACACACUUAAAAAUAUAGUCCAAUCCUUUUAUUUCUUAACACCAUAGAUACCUAGUACUCUUCUUAUUUUUUUAAGUGUAUCAUCUAUAUUUUACUCUUUGAAUUCAAUUGAUUUGAUUUAGUCACUGAAUCACUGAUUUCUACAUAAAUUUAUUAUUCUCUAAAAGUAUAUUUCGUGUUAAUUUAUACUCACAAUUUUGUGUAUACUACUUUAGUUUCAAAAAGUGUUCAAAAUGACUACCACUGGCGAACAGUUAACGUUAGCUAGGGAUAUAAAACGUGCCAUUGAAUUACUCGAGAAACUGCAACAGAGUGGCGAAGUCCCUGCAACGAAAUUAGCUGCUCUCCAGAAAGUUUUGCAGAGCGACUUUCUAAAUGCCGUAAGAGAGGUUUACGAGCACGUCUACGAGACUGUAGACAUACAAGGCUCCGCAGACAUAAGAGCUUCCGCAACUGCAAAGGCAACGGUGGCCGCAUUUGCUGCUGCAGAAGGACACGCUCACCCUCGAGUAGUGGAACUGCCGAAAACUGAGGAAGGCUUAGGGUUCAACGUAAUGGGCGGAAAAGAACAAAAUUCUCCGAUUUAUAUAUCUAGGAUAAUACCGGGCGGAGUUGCUGACAGACAUGGUGGCUUGAAGAGGGGUGAUCAACUUUUAUCCGUUAACGGAGUCUCAGUUGAAGGCGAGAAUCACGAGAAAGCCGUAGAACUUCUGAAGCAAGCCGUGGGAUCCGUAAAAUUAGUUGUCAGGUACACACCAAAGGUCUUGGAGGAAAUGGAGAUGAGAUUCGACAAGCAAAGAACUACACGGCGACGCCAAAACUACAACUAAAAUUUUUCACCGGCUUUGCAGUCAUUUAUCAAACAAAGUGUAUUAAUGUACCUGUUAUUUUUAUCCUAUGUUUUAAUGAGGAACUUUGAUAAUCUUUAAGGCAUUGUAAAACUUUAUUUAAUUUUAUAAAAACCUAUAUUACUUUUACACCCAAUCAGUUGGCAGUUGGAGACCAUGGCUAUUAAAAAUUGGGAACUAUUCAAGUAUUGAAAAAUAUUCAAUCUGCUAUUUAUUUAUAUAUUAAAUGAAAACUUUGUUAGUGUGAAUUUAAUUAUAAAGUUUUCUUCUAUUUAAAUCUAAACGGUGUUUUAAAGAAAUUUCCUUUUAUUUACACAUGUUUAAAAUACUUAACAAUUAAUUACUAAUUAAAAUACUUAAAUAAACGAAAUGAAUGUAUUGUAGAUGUAUUAUAAGUUUUUGCACAUGUUAUGAAUGUUUAUUGUAUGUACUUAAUUUAGUUUUUAAGUUAAUAUUAAAAUAUAAUUGAGGCUGUACCAGA